AUGAGCCGUUCUCUCGCUCUUCUGUUUGGUAAGUAUUCGUAUUUUAGGAAAUUUAUGGAUAAAAAUCGCGAGUUAUAUAACUCAAACUCUGCUAUUUGAAUUUUUUUAUAUAUAUUUUCAAUUUGCAGCCUUGUUUAUGGCUGCAGUGAUAAUGGUGCAUUGUGCUCCAAUCGAUUCUCUCCCAGAAAUGGUAAGCCAAGGAUGAAAUGAAAAGUCGUUUUUUAGGAAAAGAAGAGCAUCUACGGGCUUUACCAGUACAUCCCCAAAGCCAGUGGCGUCAAGAGCAAAAAGUUUUCCUCGGACCCCGGACCCAUGAUCGGCCAACUCCCAGAUGGAUCGUACGUUAUCUUCGGCUACUGA